AUGGCUCGGAUCAAGAUAAGCGGGGUUCCUAUUGAAAUGCCUUUUGAGCCGUAUCCUGCGCAGAUAGUCACGAUGACAAAGCUUAUAUCCUGCCUGAUGACGAGAACGAGCGGGCUGGUUGAAAGCCCGACGGGGACGGGCAAGAGCCUGUCGAUAAUAUGUGCGGUGCUUGGAUACAACGAGCACUUGAAGAGAAGUAUUAGGGGUAUCGGGGCCAAGCGGAGAGAAGGGGGAGGGCCCAAGGGAGAAGAAGCGAGGGAGGAGAAGCUGAAGAUAAUUAUAUGCUCGCGCACUCACAAGCAGCUUGACCAGCUAGUUGACCAGCUUCGGAAGACGCAAUACAGACCGAGGAUUUCGAUACUGGCAAGCAGAGCCCAGUACUGCAUAUCCCCGAAGCUUAGCGAUGUUGCAGACAAGAACACGGGAUGCAGCGAGUUGGUGAAGAGCGGGAGCUGUGCCUACUUUACUGGAAAGGACAGGCUUGCGAAGAAGGUGGGAGACAAGAUCUUUGACAUCGAGGAGCUGAAGGGCGAGGGCCGGAGAUGUGUUGGAUGCCCCUACUAUGCCUCCCGGAUUCUGAACGAAGAUGCAGAAGUUAUAUUUGCGCCCUACAACUACCUCAUUGACUCCAGAAUAAGAGAGAGCACGGGGAUCAGUCUCGAAAAUAGCGUGGUGAUUGUUGACGAGGCACACAACAUAGAGGACGUAUGCAGGUCGUCUGGGUCGAUUGAGCUCAGCUCCCGGAUAAUGGAGAUAAUCCAGAACGAGAUACUUGGAGCUGUGAAGAGGAGCGGGGCGCUUGGAGAGAUCAGGAUGGACUUUGUCAAUCUGAUGGACUUCUUCAGGAAGCUCCGGGAGGGGGCAGAGAGCACGGACGAGUUUGACAGAGUCACGGCCGGAGGGAAGCUUCGGAUAAGAAAGGGCCGGGAGAUAAAGGAGGAGCUUGAGAGAAUGGGGAUAGGCAAAGAGUUUGUUCUGAAGAUCAAGAACUCGAUUUAUGCGAUCCAAAAGAGCGAGGAUGCAAAGGAUCUGCUGAAUGUAAGCACAUUCCACGUGCUGGAAGGCCUUGAUUCUGUUCUGUCUGCAAUCCACUUCAGCGAUUGCGACGCAUAUUCGUUUGUGUUCCACAAGAUGAAUGACGAGAAUGUGAAGAACUCCAGGUCAUGCAGGUUUUCCUACAACUUCUGGCUUCUUGACGGUGGAUAUACAUUCAGGUCGUUUGUCGGGAAGGUCCGAUCCGUUGUGCUUCUAUCUGGGACGCUGACGCCGUUUUCGUCGUUUUCGUCUGAGCUGGGGCAUGAGUUUGCACACACAAUUGUCGCACCUCACCUGAUUACACAGAAGCAGGUGUUUGUUUCGUGUGUUCGGAAGGGGCAUCUGCUGAAGGAGCUGAUUGGGACAUACGGGGUUUCCGACACUCCUCAGUAUCUGGACCAGCUUUGCCGGGUGAUAGUGGAUGUGUCGUGCAAAAUCAAGGACCACGGAGGAACACUAGUGUUUGUUCCAAGCUACAGCUUUCUGGAGAAUCUGCAGAAGAGAAUGGGCGGGGUGAGCUCUGGGUUGCUGGUUGAGCCGAAAAGCGGGGCAGGAAAUGAAUUUGAGAAGGUGAUGAGAAGAUAUAAGAACAGGAUAGCGACGAAGCAGAGCGCUGUAUUUAUGUGUGUCUACAGGGGAAAGGCAAGUGAAGGAAUAGACUUCAAGGAUUCCUUUGCAAGGGCGGUUAUUGCAGUUGGGAUUCCGUAUCCAAGCCUGCACGAUCCACAGGUGGAGCUUAAGAAGGAGUUUAACGACAAGUACAAGAGCUUCAACGGGCGACUCUGGUACGAGGCACAGGCGUUCCGUGCGGUGAACCAAGCACUUGGGAGGGCAAUUAGGCACAAGGACGACUGGGGGAUAGUGAUGCUCCUUGACAGCAGGUACUCUGAGAAGAGGGUGCAGAGCCAGUUGUCGAAGUGGGUUGCGGAGAACAUCAAGACCUAUGACUCAUACGAUGGUUGUGUUUCCGAGCUCGUGAGGUUUCUGUCCUUGAUUAAAUAG